GUUUAUAGGUUUACGAUAGAAAGUAAAAUUUUGGUUUAGUUAUCAAAAUAUUUUAUUUGCAAAAAUGUUGACCAACUAUAUUAUAUUACUUAAUUGUGUAUUAUAUUUAUCGGUGAAUAAAGCAGUGUCACAAAAGUAUGAUUGCAAACGGGGUCGGGAUAUAUCAGACAUUGCCACCAAAGAUAUGUUUUUAUUUGCCGCCGAAAAUCGCAAAUUUCCUAUCAAUGCACAAGAAAUGAAACAAUUUUGCAAAGAAUCUCCUGAACUCGAUAUAAAAGUUAAGACAUUUAAUGACAAUUGUCUGAAAGGAAUUACAAAACAAAUAUCAAAUUUAUACGUUUAUUCUGUAAACAAGUUUGCGUCCGGAGUCUGCAAAUCCAAGCGCCGGACCAUUGAAUUUCUGUCAAUAGGUCAGUGCGGGAAUGCGGCCAAUAAAAGCAAUAAAAAAUGUUGGGAUAACUGGUUGUUUACUACGGAUUCUAUCGGAGAUAUUAAAGAUGAUAAGCUAAAGAUACCCUUAAGUUGCUGUUUAGUGGCGCGGAUGAGGUCGUGUUUGGAACAGUCGUUUGAAAAGAAACCAAAACAAUGCAAAAAACAACACAUAGAGGUAUUGGAUAACAUGUUUAACACAUUUUUAGUCGAUUCUAUGGCUAUGCUUUGCGGUGACUAUACAGAGGAUGGAGACAAAUGUGAUAAAAUUGUUAACAAAAUACCUAAUCGACCGUUUGAUCCAAAAAAGAAAUUGUCGCCAAUAAUCAUUAUGACUAAAAUAUUGUCUUCAUUUCCAGAAUAAUGAUUAAAUAAUAAUUAAAUUA